UUCCGGGUCGAUUGACAGAAGUCGAGAAUCAGGUGUUGUCUGUCGCAUUGUUUGCAUUCUUUGUUGUGUGGCCCGGGUAGCUCUAGAGCUCUAGGUACAGUAACCACCACCCCGCGGAACUCACUCACACAGCUCUUCCGAAACUAGAGAGCGCCAUGAAUUGUCACAGAUUACCCAGAAGACGAGUCGAGGGGGGGAAUUUUCAAUUUUAGCGCAAUCAUGGUAGCACUCUACGUCCACAGAAGUAGUAGCCUAACCAACGAGAAGUUAUAGUACAGUUGUUUCCUAUAGGCUUGAAAGCCAGGUGGAUAGUAGCGCGUUGUUUGGAUAUCGAGAGUGGAUAGCUUGCUCGGCAUGUCGGUGUUGAUGCUGUCUUUGAGGUACUGAACAUACAAACCUGUAGUCAUGAGGUUCAACGGGUUCCUGAAGGUUCGGGUAGGGGAGGCGGUGGAUCUUAAACCAACAUCCUACUCCAAACGGCACUCAAUCAGACCAACUGUGAAAUCUCAGUUGAUGGACCCUUACAUUGUGGCAAGAGUGGACGAUGUUAAAAUUGGACAGACUCUGACCAAGUCGAAAACUAACAGUCCCGUGUACAACGAGCAGUUGUGCGCGCAAGUUCGGGAAGGUAAAGUUCUGGAGUUGGCCGUGUUUCACGAUACUCCAAUCGGAUAUGACGACUUUGUUGCUAAUUGCACCUUUCACUUGGAGGAGCUGAUGGGCACAGCCAAUACGAGGAAUACGUUUGAAGGAUGGGUGGCACUGGAGCCAGAGGGACGUGUCUUCGUCACCAUCUCCCUCACAGGGUCCUUCAUCGACGAUGCUGCGUUGGUGAAUGGGCCGAUUCAGCACAAGGGUCUUGUGAGGAAGAAGGUGCUGAAGAGGAAGAUACACCAGGUCUACGGCCACAAGUUCAUGGCCACCUACCUGCGGCAACCCACCUUCUGCUACCACUGCCAGAACUUCAUAUGGGGGGUAUUUGGUAAGCAAGGAUAUCAGUGCCAGGUGUGCACCUGUGUGGUCCAUAAACGAUGUCACGGCCAGGUGGUAACGGAAUGCCCCCGCAUGAAGAAAAAGGAGGAAGAACAGUCGUCGGUCCCCGCGCAGGGCUUCAGCAUCAACGUGCCGCACCGGUUCAAGAAGCACAACUACAAGGUGCCCACCUACUGCAACCACUGCGGAUCGCUGCUGUACGGCGUCGUCAAGCAGGGCAUGCAGUGUCAGGGGUGCAAGAUGAAUGUCCAUAUUCGCUGCCAAGACAACGUGGCUCCUAACUGCGGAGUGGACAAUGCUAAGCUGGCCGAAAUGCUAGCAGAAAUGGGACUCAAACCAGGAGGAUCGCAUACGCGAAAGCCAACCAUCGUGAAGCCGGCGCCCCCUAGUGUGGAUGAGCCCCAGCAGUCCCCCACCCCACGGACGCCCAGGAUCGGCCUCAGGGACUUCACCUUCCUGCAGGUGCUGGGGAAGGGCAGCUUCGGCAAGGUGAUGUUGGCGUCCAUGCACAGUAGUGAGCGGGUGUACGCUGUGAAGAUGCUGAAGAAGGAUGUGAUCCUGCAGGACGAUGACGUGGAGGCCACCAUGAUCGAGAAGAGGGUGCUGGCCCUCGCACACACACACCCCUACCUCACGCAGCUCUACUACUGCUUCCAGACCACGGACCGGCUGUUCUUUGUGAUGGAGUUUGUGAACGGAGGAGACCUGAUGUUCCACAUCCAGCGGUCUCGCCGCUUCGACGAGGCUCGCGCUCGCUUCUACGCCGCGGAGGUCACCUGCGCCCUCAUAUACCUGCACUCCAAGGGCAUCAUCUACAGGGACCUGAAACUGGACAACGUGCUGCUGGAUAAAGAUGGCCACUGCAAGCUGGCCGACUUUGGCAUGUGCAAGGAGAACGUCUUCAGAGGAGACCUCACCACCACCUUCUGUGGCACGCCCGACUACAUUGCUCCAGAGAUCAUCGAGGAGAAGGCGUACGGCCACUCGGUGGACUGGUGGGCACUGGGCGUGCUGCUGUACGAGAUGCUGUCUGGGCACGCUCCGUUCGAGGCCGAGACGGAGGACGAGCUGUUCGAGUGCAUCCGCCGGGACACGGUGGUCUACUCGUCCUGGCUCAGCAGCGAGGCAGAGGACAUACUCAAAGGACUCCUGACCAAAGACCCUGAGUACAGGUUGGGCUGCGUGGAGAGGGAGGGUGGCGAGGACGCCAUCAUGUCACACGCCUUCUUCUCCGGCCUCGACUGGAACAGCCUGAAGAAACGAGGCAUCGAGCCGCCAUUCAAACCCAAAAUAAAAUCACUGGAGGACGUGAGUAACUUUGACCCGGACUUCACCCAGGAGGAGCCCACUCUGACGCCCAUCGAGGAUGGCCCUUUCCUGGGCAACCUGGACUUUAAAGACUUCUCCUUCACGGCCCCAGAACUGCUGGCCCGAUAACACUGUGCUGGAGUGCGUUUCUCGACAACAUCGUUGCUAACUAAGUUAGCAACUUACUUCGUUGCAAUGCAAUUUCCCAUUGGAAACCUAGUAAGUUGCUAACUGGUUAGCAACGAUGCUUUCGGGAAACGGGGUCCUGGAUACUAUAGCACGAACAAACAGAGGCUUCUGAAGGAUGUACAGACAGUAGAGUAGAUGUAUGAUUUAAAGGUUGAGUAUGUAAUUUAAUUUUUUGUUGUUCAUUUACGUUUACGGAGUCGAUGCUGUUACCCAUUCACAAGUGUUAUCUUUUUUCAUGUAGAGUAGAGUAGCAUGUAUUAAUCCCGGAGAAAAUGAAGGAAUACCGGAGGAAAUUAAAGCAUGAUUACCGCCACCACCCAUUUCUAAAUAUUCAUUAUGACUUAGGAAUUUACACUUUUCAUACACAAAUGGUGUAUCCUCCCCACGUCUGCCAUCUUGAAUGACCAGAAAACAGACAUCUUUGGCUGCAAAACUUGUACUACUUAAUUCAGACCAGAAAAUUGUUGUUUAUUACUUAGUAAAUAUUCAGGAAAAGUUCUAGUUUGUGAAUGGGCAGCAUGUAUUUUGAAAAUGAACGACUACUUGCAUACUCUACUUUUAAUGAAAUGAAUGGAGAGAUCAACACGUAUUCAUAUGGCACAUACAGGCCCAGUGGGAAAAAAACCCUGCAGAGUACACACUUUGAUCAUCAAAGGUACAGGACAUUGAGGAGAACAUGACAAAGACUCGCACACCAGACGGAAUAGAGACAGUCGUCAACUCGUCAUCACCCUGUGGCUCUAGUGGCCUCCUCCCUCUUUACUGUGAAGGACUGCAUGCCACACGGCUAUGAGCCGCAGCGCUGUGUGGCCCAGGUUUCAUUUCGAAGAAAACAAUUGCCAAAUAUUUAAAGAGAGGUAUAAUAAAGAUAAUAUAUUUUUUAAUAUGCAAUGCAUGACACAUAUUUGCAAGGGAACAUUUUAAGUGAAUAUGUUUUGUGUUUAUUUGUUUUUGGGGCUGUUGAAGGGGUGUUGAAAGACUUGAAGAGAGUUUUAUUAUGUCCAUUGAAAAGGCAAAGCACACAAAUGGGUCAUUCUUCAAUACCGUAAUUACAAUGGCUAGGUGCUAAUAACUGUCUGGACAGAAGAAUUAAUAUUUUUUAUGGCUGACACAUCAACCCCUGAGGCCCUUCAUUGGCUUCAGAUUCACUUUCUGUCGUUUCGACCUCUUUUUUUUUCUCUGACCUUGAAAGUAUGGUCAUUAGUUUGCCAUUGUAAGCAAGCUUCUGAAAGUGAAAGCUUCUGCGUGAAACAGCUUCCGAGAUGUGAAAAGGGCAACAGACCUAACCAAGUGUUUCCAUGCCAAAGACUAGCCAUUUGUUCCAAUUAGUUCUCCUAAAUGGCUGUUUUUGCCGUCCAGCAACAUGCCAGAGGACAAAUGACUUGUUGAGAACAUUGGCACCCAUGUUGUUACUGCAAGAGACAAUGCCAAGUCUUCCCGCACCGUUGCCAGAAUUUUGGUCAUAUUUACCCCCUGUGGCCAUUGGGUUUCUUGGAAUGCUUCAACUCUGUUUAUGUUUUUAUUAUUAUUAUGUGUCUGUUUGCUUGCUAUUUUUCCCAGUCUUGUGAGUGUGAGAUGCGGUUGCUUCUUUCUUGCUGAAGGAUAUCUUAAAAUAUCUUAAACACAAUAAAUUAUUUUAGCACUGUCUAAAAGUAUUUUAGACAUCAUUGCCUUUGCCAUUCCUGAAGUGCUCUAAAUAAAGAAAAGCUGUAUG